UUUUUUUAAUGAACGACGAUUGGCGCAAAACAUUGUGUACCCAAAGCCGUAAUAAAACAUAAUUAGAAAAAAAAUAUGAAAAAAAGUCAAAACAGCUGAUGAAUGCUUGAGGCAUCAAAAUUGCAAUUUGUGAAAUUUAAAAUCGUGAUUUAGGUAUAAUUACAAUGGCUGAAAUACAAACUCUAAUAGAAAUGGGAUUCUCCAAAGAGCGAGCAGAGAAAGCACUAGCUGUAACGAAUUACAAAGGGGUUGAGCCGGCUAUGGAAUGGUUAUUGGCACACGCUGAUGACCCAGCCAUGGACACUACUGGCGGGCAAAUGCUUGGAUCGAGUUCGUCAUCGAAUGUAGCGGAAACCGCCGAAACGCCCCCCGUGCCGGCCGAAUCGACUGCCGAAAGUUCGUCACAAGCUGAAGCCAAGUCAUUCAAAUGCGAUGAAUGUGGUAAAUUGCUUAAGAAUCAGGACGAAAUGGAAUUUCAUGCGGCCAAGACGAAUCAUAGCAGCUUCUCGGAGUCCACGGAAGAGAAAAAGCCUUUGACUGAAGAAGAGAAGAAAGCUCAGCUGGCGUUGCUAGAAGAGCGAAUGAAACAGAAGCGGAAGGAAAGGGAAGAUAGGGAAAAGGCUGAGGCAUUGGAAAGGGAACGCCUCCGUAUAAAGUCUGGUAAAGAUUUACAAGAUGCCCGUUUAAGGCUACAGGAGCAGGAGAUGACUAAAUUGGUGGAGCAGCGCAGAAGAGAGAAAAUUGAGGAUCAGAAAGCAAGGGAAAGAGUACGGGCACAAAUUGAGGCUGAUAAACAAGCGAGAAAGUUUGUAUUAUUUAAAUAUUUUAGCUUUAUGGUGCUUUAA